GAAUCAUCAGACAGCAAACACUCAGAAGUGAAGAAACAACUCAGAGCUCUCCCAGCGCCCACCAUCACAACAACACAACAAUCCCAUCAGCCCAUCGCCAACCAUCAUCACGGAAAACAAACGUCCACUCCUCAGUUUUAUAUCCCGGCAACUUCAAUCAAUCAAGAUGCUGUCCUUCUAUCCCAGCUCGUUCUGCGCACCGGCGCACUCCCACAUGGUUCCUCGCCAAAGCUUCUUCGAUGACAUCCUUAAUGAGCUCAGCAGCGGCGCCUCCGCUUACCCAUACAUUGCUGCUCCCGCGCCCCGCCGCCCAAGUGCAAGGCGCUCUCGGCCUCAGCCUAGCACCUUUAACCCCAGAUUUGACGUCCGCGAGACCGAGGAUGCCUAUGAAUUUUACGGCGAGCUGCCCGGGCUCCAGCGCGAGAACCUGAACAUUGAGCUGCCGGAUCCUCAGACUUUGGUCGUCAGCGGCCACGUCGAACGCAGCUACCCCCGGCUCUCGAACGUCAGCAGCAGCAAGGCCAUCGAGCCGGCACCCACCCCGACUUCCACAACAACCGAGACCGAGCAGCCCCGUCGCAAUUCGUACCAGGCGACGGUCGAGGAUGACCCGGAGGACGAGAACAGCUUGUCGUUUGGGCGCAGCACGCCCGUCUCGUCCCCGACAUCCCGCAGCUCUUCGCCCUGGACCGAGCUCGCAGAGCCCACGACGUCCGGGAAGCCCGGCCAGGAGGUGGCCACACAAUCACGGCCAGAGCAGACCGAGGAGGAGCCGCUCUACUUGCGCCAGGAGCGGUCCGUCGGCCAGUUCUCGCGCACCUUCACCUUUGCCGACCGCGUCGACGAAGACAACGUGACGGCCAGCCUGCGGAACGGCAUCCUGAGCAUCAGGGUGCCAAAACAAAAGCCGUCCGCUCCGAGGAGGAUCGAGAUCAGUCUAUAAAGGGGGGAAGUUUUAAUACAGCCAACAUGCAUGUCACUGGGCGAUCGGGCCGCCGAGAAUGGCAGCCCUAAAUUUGGAAGGCCGGCCCACCUAUGACAGGGACAGUGAAGGCGGGGCCUAUGUGCCUGUCAGAGACAGUAGAACUGAACUACAGAGUCCGGCUGGCCCACUGGCUUACGCCGGGGGUGCAGCGCCAGCUGCUUCGGAUGGGUCAGGUCCAGGAAGAGGGGAGAUCGUGAACUCGGCUGUGUUUUGCAAAUGGAUGUAGAUAUUUUUUUUCUUUUAUUUAUUCUUUUGGUCGGCCAUUUUAGGGGUGAUUAGGGUACUUUUGAGAUAAAUCUACCGCACUUCAUUCCAAUUCU